GCAUUGCUCUUGCUCUAGUUCUACAUGGUCGCUGCUCUUGAGUCUCUGCCCUCCGAGCUUUAUAUUGCCAUCCUAUCGCACAUAUCGCCUCGGGAUCUGCAGCAUACCCAUGUCCGUCUGACGCACGGUAACCAAGUCAUCCGGCUCUACACUCGUCUCCGCAAGAGCCCUGAAGAUGCAGACCGCGUCCGGCACCUCUCCUUGGAGUGCUGGACCGUCGAUGCGGAUGUGGUGGUCAACCUGAUCGCGCUGUUACACCGUAUGAGGGAGAUGUCACUUCUCAUUGGACCCAAUUUUGCUCCGGAGCACCUGGAGGAGAUGUUCCAGAAGCCGAAGCAUGGAUUGAGGUUCAUUUCGUUGCGGUUCAGGCCAUACGUCCAGCGGGCAACGUACUACCAGUUCCUCAAGGGAGCAUAUUUCGACACAACUCUUCUCGCAUUCUCCCGCUGGCCCGCAGAGGACCUCCCUACGCUCUCCAUUGUGCAAGAUCCACUGGAGCCUUCGAUCGCACCUACCAAGUUUGCCCAACCCUUGGUCUUCUUCCGACUUGACCCCCUGUCCACUCUCGCCUGCUCGCCGUUCCUCGAGGGCCUCCGCCACUUCCGAUUACGCGUGCCCGCGCGGCAAGCAGCGCGCUUCCUCUACGCCCUGCCCAAUGCCCUCCCGCGAGUUGAGCUGUUGGACAUGUCCACCUGCAACGUCCUCGAGUCGGACGUCGAGGGCAUGCUCGGCCGCUUCGGACGCCUCCGCUCGCUAGUUCUCGACGGCUGCUACAUCGUCUCUCAGCGCGCCGUCGCCGAUGGACAAGACCCCGAGGAGGCGCUCGGCCACUGGGCCGCCCUCGGUAAGAUGAUGGCACUGGCGGGCGCGAAGUACGCUAGGGAGCGCGAGAAGCGGCUGAAGCUCUGGAUCGAGGCCGUUCGUGCUCGGGCGGCGGCUGCGCAGGUGGGUGAGGGGGUCGUACAGGAGCAGGCACCUGCCCCGCCUCGCGCAAGGCGUGGUCGCCGCGGGCUUGCGACCGCUACCAUCUCCCUCCGCGACAGCCCGCCGAAGGACCCGGUUGUUCUCCCCAAACUCCCUGCAGGAGCGCCCCCUGGUGCUCCGCCUCCGAACCAACGGAUCCGCAUCUUGCCGUCCCUCCCAGCCCUUCGGUCCCUCGCAACCACCCCGCCUGCGUCCGUUGGCCCGGAUAAGCACGAUACUAUCCGCGCUGAGUUCGCGCGGGGCUGGGGGAGGGCAUCGCGCAGCUGUACGAGCUGGGGGAACGGCGUGCGCAUUGUGCGGUUCGAUCCGGACUACGAGGCGGAUGAGGAGGACGGCGACGGCGAAGACGGACUUGCGGGACUGAUGGACGUCGAGGACGAGCGGGCGUUUGUGAUCAAGACCAAGGCUGUAGAUGGCAGUGGCGAAGACAAGGCGGAGAUGCUGGGUGUUGACGACGGACGUGAAGGGCAUAUGGAGGGGUGUGGCCAUCAGCUUGGAUGGGAUGUUUGGCAUGACGAGCUUUAGUAUCAGUUCCCCCUCGCUCACUGGCAGGAUAAUGAUAUAGAAUGGACCUGUAUCAUACACUGUAUUGUACAUCAUGAUUGCUAGUCGCGCAUAGAUAGACCCUGUUUGCAUCCACCCAA